GAUGACUUUUCGGUGUAGGCAGAACGCUAAAGAGGGGGGUUGAAGUUUUGGGAAAGCCCUUCUUCAAGUGCUGACGCGUACAGGGGGAACGUGCAAUAGAGUCUCAAGCUUCGUGGGUCUACUUUAGCCAUGCUACUUCACUGUCUGUUGAUCUGGACUCUUUUGACUAAAACUGAUGGAUACUUCUCGGAGGAAAAGUACCCAGAGGAGUCUAAAAUGCAGCCUCCCACCGUGGUCAUCGCUAUCAUUGCCCGAAACACUGCUCACUCACUGCCUUUCUACCUCGGAGCACUGGAAAGACUGACCUAUCCUAAAGAACGCAUCUCAAUAUGGGCAGCCACAGACCAUAACUCUGACAACACCACAGCUAUACUUAAAGAAUGGCUGACUGUUAUGCAGAAGUAUUACCAUUAUGUGGAAUGGAGACCGAUGGACCAGCCCACGUCUUAUGCAGGUGAACUGGGUCCUAAACACUGGCCAAUCAGCAGAUAUGAGUACGUGAUGAAGCUGAAGCAGGCAGCACUGAACUUUGCGAGGAAACACUGGGCUGACUACAUAUUGUACGCUGACACAGACAAUAUCCUCACCAACCCAGAAACACUCAACUUGAUGAUAGCUGAGAACAAGUCAGUUAUCGCCCCUAUGCUGGACUCACAGGGAGCAUACUCCAACUUCUGGUGUGGCAUUACUCCACAGGGCUACUAUCGCCGAACUGCUGAGUAUUUUCCCACCAGAAACCGGAAUAAACUCGGCUGCUUCCCAGUGCCCAUGGUCCACUCCACAAUGCUCCUGGAUCUGAGGAAAGAGGACAUGAAGAAACUGGCUUUCUUCCCUCCACACAAAGACUACUCCUGGCCCUAUGAUGACAUCAUUGUUUUUGCCUUCUCUUGUCGGGCAGCAGAAAUCCAGAUGUAUUUGUGCAAUAAGGAGCGUUAUGGUUAUCUGAAUGUACCACCUAAACCUCACCAGACCUUGGAAGAUGACCGGCUCAACUUUGUUCAUCUCCAUUUAGAAUCUAUGAUUGAUGGUCCACCCAUGUCGCCAUCUCGUCACGUCCACAUGUUCCCCAAACAGAGAGACCUCAUGGGAUUUGAUGAAAUAUUUCUCAUAAAUCUUCAGCGUCGCCCUGAUCGCAGAGACAGGAUGUUAUAUUCUCUGAAUGAGUUGGAAAUUGAUGUGAAGGUGGUGCCUGCUGUGGAUGGAAAUGCCUUGAACAGUAGUGAUAUAAAGAUUCUGGGAGUGGACCUCCUGCCUGGUUAUCAUGACCCAUUCUCUGGACGCACUCUAACCAAAGGAGAAGUGGGCUGCUUUCUGAGCCAUUUCUUCAUCUGGAAGGAGAUUGUGGACGUUCAAAUGGACAAAGCUCUGAUCUUUGAAGAUGACAUCAGAUUCCAAGCUAACUUCAAACGCAGAGUACUCAGAUUGAUGGAGGAGGUGGAGCAGGCAGAGUUGGACUGGGACAUUAUAUACUUGGGCAGAAAGAAGGUCAUCCUUGGAGAAGAGGAGCCUGUGGAGCACGUCCAUAAUUUGGUGUGGGCAGACUACUCUUUCUGGACUCUGUCUUACGCCAUCUCUCUACAAGGAGCACAAAAACUGCUCAAUGCUGAACCACUUUCCAAAAUGCUACCAGUUGAUGAAUUCCUUCCCAUCAUGUAUGACAAGCAUCCCAAUGAGGAUUACAAAUCCCAUUUCCUCAAUAGAAAUUUACAAGCCUUCAGCACACGCCCCCUGCUGGUUGAGCCAAGUAAAUAUGCAGGUGAUCCGGAGUGGGUGAGUGACACGGAGACGUCCACUUUAUGGGAUGAUGAUUCAGUGCGCACUGAUUGGAGAGGUUCACACAAGAUGCUCAAAGGAUCAUCACCACCAGAGAUGCUGUCCAGUGGCUACAGGGACGAACUUUAGAGAAAACCUCAAGCGCUGGGAAGAGCAUAGAGUCUAAAUGUUAAAGGGAUGCAAAGACUAAAGAGGAAAGAGAAAAUGUGUUUGCACAUAGCCUUUACAACUGGACAUCGAUGAAACAUGUAAAAGUGGUUUGCUCUAUGGAGAGAAAUGUUUUUUCAAAUAUAAUUAUGGACAUU